UCUCUCUCUCUCUCUCGCGCUCAAGAACGAACGAGCAUAGGCUCUGUAUUCUGUGUCGCAAUGUCUCCACGGGCAGAAUUUCUGAAGGAAAUACAAAUGACAAAUGAAUGAACGACGCCAACGACUGAACUGCAACAAAGGACAAUCUCACAGGAGAAGAAAUGAGAAGAAACGGGUGAGCAUAUGAUUUCAACAAGCAGUCACAGCAAUAGGCAGUUUCACUAUAGGGCAGACUGCCACUAUGGUGCCUCUACUCCAACUCUUUCUUUUAAUGCCUUUAAUUAAGCCAAUCACAAAUCAUGUCCAUGGAAACUCUCUUUCACCUCUGACCACUCAUUCAAAUCACAGCCUGUUUUCUCAGACUGACGUGCUUGUCAGAAAAACCGAUCAUAGAUUGAAAGCCAAUGCUGCGUUAGAAACUGUAAAACCAUUUCUUCAUGGCUUCUAUCAGAAAAGUGUCAUUAAAUCAAGUGGAGAUUCAAAUGAAUGGACUGAAAGCAGAAACACUGAGGACACAUUGUCAGAAAAAACAUCACGUACUGACAUAACUGGGUCAAGAAGUACAUUUUUAUUAUCACCCAAAAACAGAGUCAAAAGAGGUUCUACCCAAAAUGUCAUACCACAAAAUGCCGCUGGAAAAGAAAAGGAGACUGCUGAUAAUACAGAAUUCAAAGAGAAAGACUUGUCAACAGUUGGGCCAGGUGAUAUGUUAAUACCCAGAGAAACUGGCUUUGUUCGGUCAUCAACAGAGGCUUUAAAAUCUCUUGAUAAACAGCAUACCCAGUACAGAAUGCAAGUUCAGACUGCUCAUAGUGUGCUGGCUAGUUUGGCCACAGUACAAAUAAAUCCAACAAUCAACUCUUCAUUCAAGACCAGCCCUUCUACAACUUCACCACCUAAUGAAAACGCUGUAGACACUACAAGUAGGAUGAUCCAAUUGGAUGCCAACAGGACUCGACUGGAAAUAGGUAGGUUGGGGACAACCACUACAGCUAAAAUUCAGCCAAAAAGACAGUUUACCACUUUACAAUCACAUAUUGAAACCACCUCUUUUAGCACAAGUACAACCAAUCUACAACUAGAGGCACCAUCACCAGGAGUGGACAUCAUCACUUCCAACAAUUCACAACCAGAAAGCACUUCACAGUCAACAAAAUCAGCAAAAAUACCCAAUGACCAUUCAAAGGAGCCAGGAACUAAAGGAACAGUGACCGAUAUAAAGAACACUAAAGGUAUACCAACUUUUCUAAGGACUGCCUCCCCUCUCCCGACUAGACAUGGCCAUUUUGUAUUCUCAGAAAAUGAUGGAAGAUUUACAGAGAAAGACCAGUCAGUCUCACAAGGAAUAGCCCCAUCUCUGAAGUCAAACCCUGCCUCUCCAACCUAUGCCCUACCCAAGGACCUCUGUGCUACUGGUGUGGGUCCCUGUGUUUUUUCCAAAGAUCAAAACGAUGAAAAAUAUGGCGCAACAAAUGGGAGCUUUUUAGUGUGGGCGGACUUAAAACGCACACUUUCAUUUGCAUGGGAGCUGCAUGUAUUUGGUUCUGCUGCCCUUUUCCUUCUACUGACUGCUGGCUCAGCCCUUGGUUUAGCAUUAUCUCCCAGCUUGUACUGCCCUCACCGUGGUGAAUUGGUACUCACCAAUAGCCUCUUGCUAGUAGUAGGUGCAGUUAGAGCAGGCCACUUCUUGCUCGACCCAUAUGGGACUCGGCUCCUCCUGCCACUUCCUAUCGUAAUAGGUUUAUACACGCUGCCGUUACCACUAUUAAUCCUGGCACAGGCUGCAUUAGUGAUACUGGUACUAAAAGAGACAGGGGUAACCUGGAUUCCACCAACACUUCAGCGCCCCCCUCUGUUAGGAGUGUUAGCUGUUUUCCAAUGCACUCUCCUUCUUGCUGCAGACUUACUUUCCCCUGCACUUUCUCCUGCUGUUCCCAUUGUACUACAGAGCCUCACGCUGACUGCAGGCCUCGUACUGUGUUUAGGCUACCUUUUCUUGGCACUGCCGUGCUUCUCUCACACACAUGCAGCUCGGAGAGGAAAUAAGGGAAAGGGCGAAGGAAAGGUGCGGGUUUUAGCACGAGUACUGGCAGUGUGUGCUUUUCUUGGGGCGCUGUGCUGUCUGUUGCACAUUUAUGCCUGCUUGUGGCUGUAUGGACUACUAGGAGACUGGAGGCGCUUCCGUUGGGCAUGGUGGCUCUGUCAGUUCUGGGUACGACUGUUGGAGCUUGCCUGGGCUUUCUGCCUGCUUCUGAUGUCUUCCUGGGUCUUUUGGAGACCCAACCAAGGCCACAUAUGUGGAGCACCAAGACAGGAAGGAGCUGCCACAGAAAGCUUGCCCUCACCCUCUCAGUCAUCAAACUCUACCAGCAGACAUACAUGCUGGGCGAAGAUUGUGCAGAGCCUCAAGGUAAGGCAACAAAGGAAAUCUGAAAGCAAUGGGAUUGCAGGGUCAAAUAGUGGUGCAGUGGCCGGAAAGUUGCCUAAUAACUGGGCAGGACAGGAGCUAUCAGGGGCAGACAUUAGCAAGAGCCUCAUACGAAAUCGUGAUCCACUCAAAGACAGCAAUAAUUUACGCAAUCUGAAAAGAUUUGCAGGGGGCUCUGCAGGUUCACUGCUAAGACUGCAGGCACUUGCUCAGCCAUCUCAGCACCUCAGUAGCAGUUUGGACAGGGACAAGGAGUCAGCCAUCUCACUCUGCGAUUUUGACCUGCGCCCUCCAACCCCAAUUGACCUCAGCCGCAGUAUUGAUGAGGCACUUCAUCGUGAGCAUCUAUUAAGGGGUGAAAGUUUGUUCCAGCCACUGCGACCACCAUCACUUCCUCCAUCUCCACACCUGUGGAUGCGACAGAAUAGUGAGCCCCAAAUCACACUGUCAUUGAGCAGUGAUGAACACACAUUGUUCUCAGAGUCCUCCGCAGGUCUGGAUCGCUCCAUUCCUAGUGCUGUGCCCAGCCGACAAGUCACAGCCCCCCCUACACCCACUCAUCAGGGCUUCCGUUGGGUCUCUGAGGCACAAGUGCCUUCCUCUUUGUCCUGCCCGGUCUCACUGCACCCUUCCCCAAGCACAAGUCAUGCCCUUGUGCCCAGCGCAGAAAACACAAGGCCGUUUCUAACCCCUGACCUUGAAAGUUUGUAAUCAAAUACCAGAGGGGGGCAAAGUUACCUGAAAGUCACUCGAAAUGAUGACUCAGCCAGUGUCAGCAGUGACAUUAUUGACCUUUGAACAUGUUAUGACUCACAGCAACUCCAGAUUAUAACACAUUCACAUUCUCCAAAAAGUAGAGAUUAUACAUUUAAUAAUGACUUGCAGUCUAAUUGUUGUAUAAUGGCACUUAAAGGGAAGAGGAACACAUUGUUGCAAGUGGCUCAUUCUAAUUUUUUCUUUCAAAAGUCUUGUUUACAGUAAUACAUAUACUAUAGAUGUCUAUGGGUCUUCCUUAUCUGACACACUCAGUUCAGUUCAUGGAGCUCUCACCUAACGAGCUGA